ACCUAUUGUACAUGGUGUGGUUUAAUAUUAAAUACAACCUCCACGUACACAGGUAAAAGGUGGUACUGAUCACUGGCUUAGGAACGUAGCUACCUACCACUGAGCCUAGCCGGCCAUGGACGACCAAGAGCGACAGACCAAACUCCAAGCUGGAAGAGAGGCGUUGAAAGCCUUCCAGCAAAAGAAAAAGAAAAAGAAGGUUCGUCCUAAGAAAAGCACCGAUGCAGUCAGUGAAGCAGACAUGAGUGUUUGCAGUGAGCCCCCUAACCUUACCACAGGGGGUGAGAUGACCGGGCCGUUGGACUCCCUGGGGGGCAAGGAAUCACCGAUUCCAUGGGAUGAUUUCGGACUAACGUCUUUCGAGGAUGACUUGAACCUUCCACCAGAUCCAUUGUCCAGGAUGUCCACCUCGCUACCCAUUAUGCCCAACCUACAGACCACCUCCUUUGAUCCCCCACUCGAACCAGAACAUAUUUCGGGCGAUAACCCCAAUGGAACUGUCGCUACGACAACGUCGUUGCACAUUAACCCCUCUCCUCGAAUUACAGAGCUAGAGCAACAACUGUCUGCAGUUUUCGACUCAAAACAACAACUUCAGAAUGAACUAAACACUGUCCUUGACCAACAACAUCAAUCGCAGCACGAGAUACUUCAGAUCAGGAAAAAUCAAGAUAAUUCAAUCGAAAUAGCAAAACGAGAAGUUGCUAAUUCGUACGUGUCACAAAUUGCCAAUCUCCAACAUUCACUCAUGCAAUCAGAAUCGGCUCACCAAGAGCUUGAGAGAAAAUUAGCAGACGUCUCUUCAUCACACUCACUAGAAGUUGAGAACAUUCUCAAGAAGCAAGAAGAAAUUCAAGCAACACUUCUAGCUGAGAAAGACCAGAAACACGCUGAGCAUGUUGCAAGACUUACUGAUAAAUUUACCAGUCAAAUGGAAGAUAACGAGGGGCCGAAAGAUAUUGAUGAACAAGAAGCUGAAAGACUGAAAAUGAUCAAGACGAAAAUGCUUGAAAUGUUUGCAGCAGAGAAAAAUCAAAUGCUAGUUGAACACCAACAAGAGAAGACCACUAUGCAGCAAAGUACCCAAAAACAACUUGAAGACUAUCGUUGUCAAACUGAACAAUUAGCAAACACCAAGUUGCAGGAAGUCCAUGCCCAAUUCAUGUCUGCACAUCAAGCUCUGCUGGAACAGAAAAAUGAAAGUGAUGCACUCGCACAAGAACUGAGUUUCAAGCUAAACCAAUCACAAAUUGACCAUUCUAAUUUACGUCAAGCAAAAGACGAGAUUCAAGCACGCUAUGACCAACUGUCUGAGUCCCACCUUGACGAACUGGAGAAAGCAAGACACGAUUCAAACAGCUUUGAAAAUCGACUCAACGAUUGGAAAGAAAAGGCGUCCAAACUUGAGGCCAUACUGCACAAAUCUGAAUCAGAAUCGCAAAGUGAUCUAGACAGUCUACGUGAACAAAACGAGGCCACACUGAGCAAAAUAAGAGAGGAUUAUGGAGAACGAUUGAGAUCGUUGCAACAAAUGGCCGACGAUUAUCACCGCAAAUUUCUCCAAGCCGAAACAGAAAAGAGUGUUACUGUCGAGAGCAUAACAAAAAGUCACCAAGAACAACUUGAGCAGCUCAAACAAGACUAUAGCGUAGAGGUUGACACUUUGAACCAGAGCAUUCGAGAGUCUAACGCCGAGAGAGGCAGUCUUGAAGCUGCCGAGGAGCAUAUGAGUGGUCUACAGAAACAACUCGAAAACUAUCGCAAACAGGAGAUAAGUUUUCAGAAUCAGUUGGACGAAAAAGAAAGGCAGUACAGAGAUGGGAUCGAAUUGUAUCGUCAGCAGAUUGAGAGAGAGAAAAGCCAUCAAGUUGAGCAGGCUACAGCAAGAUUAGACUCGCAUAUUAAGUCACUUGAAGAGGAGCUCGCUAGUUUUACUGCCUCUGUUGAAUCUGGAGACACUGAGAGAAGACGUCAUGAGAAAAUCGAACUGCUGAAAGUUAGACACAAAAAAAGGAUAUCUGAAUUAGAAACUAUACACGAGAAAGCUUUGAAAAAUCUUCACGAACAGUUGGAGAACAGUCACUCUAAUGAAAUUGAAAGUCUCACGCUAAAUCACACCCAAGAGAUGUCAAAACUGAGAGAAGAAUGGACUAAGAAGUUAGAGGCUGAGAAAGCUCAACAACUGCUCGAGAUUGAAGCAAUAAAACAAGCUGAGAUUCAACAACUCAUGGACGAGUACAAAGUAUUGAUUGAGAAAGCCACAAAAUCUGAUGCUGAUGACAUUUCCACAAAAUCGAAUGAACGAAUUAUUCAGUUGGAGAGCAAAAUGACAGCUUUAAAAGACGAGUGCUCUAAAUUGGAGGCCAUGCGUAAAGACCUGCUCUCUCAACUAGAACUAGCUCAACGUCAGAUUCGCGACUCAAACCAAACUCUCCAAAGGACUAACACUGAGAUGGAACGACUAUCACAAGACUGUGAUCGAUAUCAGAACAAAAGCAAGUCGCUUGAAGUGGACUUGAGCAUUUCUCAGAGUUCCCACGAACAAGAUAAGUUGCGGCUGAGUGCGUUACAGCAAGAGUUGGAUGAAGUGGGAGCUAAGACCGAGGCUUUGGAGACCGAGCUAGGAGAAGUGAGACAAUCACAAAUUGCAAGUACUGGGAACGAAGAAUUGCUGGCUCGACUCACAAAUGAUUUGGCGUGUAAGAAUGUUGCUAUUGCUGACUUACAAGCUCAGAACGACUCUCUCAAUACUGAAGUGUUCUCACUUACUCAGAAAUGUCAGAAAUUGGUCGAGAAAUCGCAUUCGGUACAAGAACAGUUGGAAACUAGCUGGGGAGCAAACGAAGAGAUCGAAUCACUCAAGCAACAAAUUGCCGAACUUGUUCCCUUUAAAGACGAGGCGGCUGGUUUGAAAGAGAAAAUUGAAAUGCUCGAAGACACGUUUAAGUCUAAAGAUGAAGCUGUAAUGUCACUGCAAGCACAACUUGAACAAGCUACGCAAUACGUUACUGAUUCUAAUACUCGACGUAUGCAACUGGAUCAAACGAUUGCUGAAACUGCAAAAGAAAUGGACACUUUACAACAGAAAGUAGCCAUGAAAGAAGGUCAAGAAAAGGAAAUACAGCGAAUGAUUGCUGAGUUUGAACUAAAACUAGAAACACUGUCCACAAAACUUCAAGAAAAAGAAGAGUUAGUUGCUGAACAGACCACUACCAUUCAGAGCCUGCAAUCCAUGAAAGAAGGUCAAGAAAAGGAAAUACAGCGAAUGAUUGCUGAGUUUGAACUAAAGCUAGAAACACUGUCCACAAAACUCCAAGAAAAAGAAGAGUUAGUUGCUGAACAGACUACUACCAUUCAGAGCCUGCAAUCUCAACUCGGCCAAACUGUUGACAAAGUCAACGAGUUUCAAGAGCAAAACACACGAUUGGAAGGAGAGCUUAAUGACACGCAGGAAGUAUUACGUACAGCGUCUGAGGACAAGCAUAAAGAACGUUACGAGCAAUUGAGAGAAGAUUUCGAAAAAGUGUGCCAAGAAAAAGCCCAUCAGGCUGCUGAAGUUUCUACUGCUAAUGAGAAGGUUGCAUUUUUGGAUCAACAGAAUACAAGUUGGCAGGAGAAGGUGGAACAGUUGGAGAAAAAUGUGCAAGAGUUGCAAACACAGCUGGCUGAUAAAGAAUCAGAAUUGUCCGUUAGCUACAGCGAGUUUACUCAAAAAUUGAAAGAAUCUGAACUUAGAGAGAAGUCGCUUCGAAACAGUCAAAAUUUGACACCCUCUAAAGGUAACGUGGGUAAAGACAGGAGCUCGCUGGAAGAGACACUCACUAAGGCCAAACAAGCACUGACUGACAAGCUUGCUGAGCGAUCUACUCUUGAGAAAGAAUUAUCUCUCCAUCGUACCGAGCUUGAGCGAAGACUCUCUGAAAAACAACGCCUAGAGGAAGUACUCGUGGAAAAGAGCCGCUUCGAGCAAGAGUUGCAGAAUCAGAAAGAGCAGCUUAAAAACGAACUUGAAACUAUUGAGUCCAAAAUGAAACUGAAAGAAACAGAAUACAGUGAAGAUAAGGGUGGAAAAGUGAAGGCAAGGGGACCAAAAAAGAAAACUGCUAGGCACAAGAAAUAGUUUUAUUUGGUAAAUGUAUUUUAGGAGUCCAGGGAACUACAUGUAUAUUAUCUUUCAAUUUGUGUGUUACUUGUAUAGAUCUGAUUACUGUUUGGCAUUAUAAUUAUUGUCGAUAA